GGCAGCACUGACCCGAAGCGAACCGAAAAUAUUCUUGGCUGGUGCGCAGUUGUUGUUUCCACAGACGUGUCAAUUGUUUGUCUAAUUGCGCUAGAAAAAAGCCAACGACGCCAAAGCACACAUGCGCAUUCCAGCGGACAAAGGAGCAAGAGCAGCCGAACCCACCACCGCCAGCAGCAGCGCCACGAAAAACGCAAUAGCAGCCACCCAGCGUCGCGGAGGAGGGGGUGGACUCCACUUUUCCAGGGAGAAAGCGAGCAUACGAGACUCGGUAUAGGAGAAUCUCCACUCAGGCACGAAUCCCAGAGAGAAGACGAAGACGACGGUAUUUGAGCCAACGACAUUCCGCUGCUCCGUCAGUUUUCAGAGGACCUUCGAAGUGGGCAGCCGAGAAUCCCAAGUCUCCUGGCGAUAAGACAAAAGAAAAAAAGAAAAGAAAAAUUCCAGAAAAAAGCUCAAGUGGUAAUUGGCCUGCGAAUCAAAUUACUUUAGUUGUGCCAACAGCAAAUAGCAAAAUAAUAACAAAAACGCUUCAAACUCGAGCGUGGCGUGUGUCCAUGUGGAAAAUCGAUCGAAUCGCAGAGUAUUUAUCGUGUAAUUGUGCCUAAAAGCCACGCAAUUCGCAGUCCGUUUUAUUGAUUUUCCCCACCGCCAGUUGCAAUAAAGAAACCUCCAUUCUUUUCCCUUCCAUUACGAUCUGCACAUCUCUUGGCCAACAUCAUCAUCAUCGUCGUCAUCUUGCAGCGUGCAAAAUUCAAGUUAAAUGCGAGAAUUUACAUAACGCCGAGCGUUGAAAGUGAAACUUCUGUGGUGCGAGCACUGAACACUGAAAGAAAGGAAAACCCAUUACAGGAUAUUAUAUCGCUGACAAGUUUUGGAGCGCAAGGAGAGCGGCCGAGCAGGGUAAAAGAGAGGCAACGAGAGAGCCAGACCCGAGAUAGAGAGAGCAGAGAGCGAGCGUUGAACGUGCGCACGUUUUCCUGGUCAGGAAACCACACCAAACACCACUAAUCCUUGAGAGAAUCAGCGGGAGCAGGAGCAGGAGUAGCAACCAGAGCCAUCAUCAUGUUUUCGGGCCUAACAAAUCAAUUCACCUCGCUGGUGGGCGCCGUUAAAGGAGGCGCUGGCGACGAGGAUGUGCCCGCGCCCACGGGAGAAGCGGCUGCAGCCGCUCCAGCCGCCGCCUCCACAUCCUUGGAGGCCACGGCCUCCUCUGCAGUCGAUCCGGAGGCAGCCGCUGCCGUCGGCGGCGAGGGACUCGAGGGCGAGGAAGCUGGCAAAAGACUACCCAAAUCCGCAUCCCUGGUUGAUUCCUUAGUCACCGAAGCCACCGGAUGGUUGGGCAGCGCCAAGGGUUGGCUGGGAAACGCCUCGAUACCGUCGAUGCCAGCCAUGCCGUCGAUGCCAUCGAUGCCAGCCAUGCCAGCGAUGCCGUCGAUACCAUCGAUCCCGGGACUCCGCAAGGCCGGCGGAGCCGAGGGGGCCGAGGGCGCCGAGGGAGCUGCCGCCGGAGAGGGCGGGGUGGCCGCCAGCGGAGCCGUGAGUGGUGGCGAGGAUGACGACAAGUCGAGCGCCACGGAGGGCGCCGACUCGCAUCCUGCAUCGGGCGGAGGCACGCCCACCGGCGACGAGGGUCAAAUCGGACAGGGUAAGGGCGAUGAAGUCAAAAUUACCACAAAAGUAACACAGCAGGCCAAACACUUUGGGUCCUUCUUGUCAUCGGCCAUCAGCAAGGCUGGCAGCAAAAUCAAGGAAACAGUCAAGGAUAAUACCAUCCUCGAGUCGUUCAACAAGGAGCAGGAGGCCUUCAUCAAGGGCCAGGGCGGCGUGGGCAAUGGGGCAGCUCCCUGGAUCGGUCAUGCCAACGAGGCCAAGAUCAAGGAGGAGAUCCUGGGCCUGUCGCAGGAUCGCCGCAACUUCGUGCGAGCCCCACCAGCCGGCGUGGACUUUGAGUUUAGCUACGACACCGCCUAUCCCACGGCCAUAGCCAUUAUGGCCGAGGACAAGGCGCUCGAGACGAUGCGAUUCGAGCUGGUGCCCAAGAUCAUCACUGAGGAGAACUUCUGGCGGAAUUACUUCUACCGCGUCUCACUGAUCAUCCAGGCCGCCGAGUUGGGCACUCUGGGCGCCGAUGGCGUGGGCCAGGCCUCCAGCGGCGAAGAUGCCAACCAAGUGGCCACCAAAGAGAGCACAUCCAAGACUGUCCAAGAGCCAGCCAAGAGCGAUUCGGUCCUGAAGGCCAUUGCCGAGCAGCCGAAGGCCGUGAUAGAGCCGGAUUCCCAGGAGUCCCAGGUGGCGGCCAAGGCGAAGAAGUCGGCUCAUGCCGGCAAAGAGCUGGGCCAGAAGAUCUCCGAAUCGGAAUUCGUUUCGGACGACUUCCAGGCCUCCAGCGAAUCGGACUUGGCUGAGAUCCAGGACGGCAUGCGCAAACUGGGCAUCGACAGCAUGACCCAGCAGGCCCUAGCCUCGACUGAUGAGGAACAAUGGGAAAAGGAUCUGGAAGCUGAGCUCAAGGACUACGAGGUGGUGGACGAGGGCGGCACUGCCGGCGGAGGCGGCGGACGCAGGAAAAAGGACGACGCUGGGGCGGAUGAGGCGGAGGAGGACGACGAACCGACAAUAUCAAACUUGCGCACACGCUCGACUAACAACGAUUGGGAGGAGUACGCCGAUUUAAUUGAGGAUACCGAUGAUUUAAAAACUUUGAAGUGCCUAAAGCGCACCAUGUUGGGCUAUCCAUGAGACGAGCCAGUCCCAGGGCUCUGCUAGUGCCGGUGGUCCGCCAUCCCAGACAUAUCCCUGGGGCAGUGCCUUGGGCUGGCCUAUUGGAAAAGUUGGUUGAGACACUACCCCCUCACACCCAGUUAUUGGCCCCAGAGCAAAGCGUUUUACUUAGUUACCUUCAGACAUGAUAUAAGACACUAAAGCAAAAGAAAACGAUUUUAUUCAACCUUAAACGUUCUAAAGAAAAAAGAUCAAGCCAGUCCCAUCCGGUAUCCAAGUGUAUCUACUGUAUUCCUUUUAUUUGGUUGACACCGCACCGAGUGGCAGCGGUAGAGGCAGUCGUCGCCGGUAUUCCUUGCCAAUUGUUCAGCACACGAGAUCCGAAAUCCGGCAGUCAGUAUGACCUAUCAAUAAGUACUUCUUACCUAGAGACACACAACUAUGAGAGCAGGCUAACCGAGAGACGGCCGGCUAUGCUAUAGAUGCAGAUCAUAUUUCAAUAUAGUGACUAACAAUUGAGUAAACAAACAAGCUUCAAAGGGAAAUUUUGUUAUUUAUAUUUAUAAAUAAAUUAUAUAUAAAUAUAUAUACACAUAUAUAUAUACAGAUAAAUUAAUGCAUUUGAAUUUAAUGUGUAAAAAUUAUUAUAAUAAAAGUAUAGAUAUAAAAUAUGUAAAGAUACGAGAGACACGCAAAAAUAAAAGUUGAAUCUUUUGAGUUGACAAGUCCUCAAGAAAAUGCUCUUUUCUAGAAACUUGCGAAUUGAAAAACAAGCGAAGUAAACCCUAGUAAUUCAUUAGUUGAGAGCAACAAAAGACCGCAUUCAAGUGUAUUAUUUCUCCCUCGAUAGUUUUUAGUCAAACGAAAAUAUUGAACAUUGAAUAAAUUAUCAUUAAUUGAUGCUUAAACAACACGUUGAUGAGUAAAUAAAAGUGCAUACAAAUAAAAUACCAAUUGUUUAGCUCAAUUUAAGGCGCGCCAACAAGUUUUCUUUUCCGAACAUUUUUGGUUCGAAUCAAACUUCUUUAGGAUCUCUUCUAAACAACUCAACUCUCACCUUGCUGUUCCACUAACGAGACACGAAACUUCCUUGAACGAAACUAAAACCAAAUGCCAAAACAAUAAUAUUCUGAAUUGGACUUGAGCGAUCAAAGCACUAAAAACGCAAUUAAUAAAUUACAAAUAACAAAUGAAAGUAAAUGCAAUUAUAAACAAUAAGCAGUUCAAAACCUUUGAAACAAAUAUAUACACAUAUAUAUUUAUAUAUUUCACUAGACAAAUUUUUAUGCAUAAACUAAAAACAAAACAAAUUCUAUAUUAUCAAUGUUUUUGCUCUAAAUGUCUAACUAAUUGUUAACGAAACCAAAGUAAAAUUAUUUUCUGCAGACAAAACGUUAUAUGAGAAUGCUAUGGAUGUGUAAUUAUUUGUUAGCAGCGACGAAGUAUAUUCAAAUCAGGCGAAUAAACGGAUGGAAAAAGUAAAAGUUACGACAUUAAACUGUAUAUUGUACAUUUACUUUUAAAACAAAUGAAAAUGUAUUUACACGAAACGGCAUGGAAUAUGAUAAACUAAUGAAAUUUUAAAAUUUAUAUUUACUUUGUGCGUUUUUAAACAUGUUGGCGACACAAUGACAAGCGAAUUAGUGCAUAAACCGAACUAAUAAUAACAAUAAAUACUAACAAUUAACGAUAAAUAAUGUAAUGAUGUUGACAACAUAUGUAUUUUACAAGGCAGAACAACCCAACCCGGCCCCCAGAACCCGAUCCUCACCGAAUCCCCCCAAAAAAACGAUAUAUCAAGGCCCCUGCAUUGACUCUCACACACAUUUUGUACUGUCUGCAAACAGUUUAUUAUCGAACCGAACCGGAGAAAGCAAAACAAUUGAAUUAAUGUUUACGAGCAAAGUUUGUUGAGCAGCAUUCCAUUAAUAUAACAUUGCAAAGGAAAUAAAAUAUAUGUAUAUGUACUAAUUAAAGUAUAUCACCCCCGAAACGGAGAACAGAAGUAUAAUUUAGUUGUUUGGCGAUUGAUAACACUUAGAGGCAAGAGGAUGCGAAGGUAGUCACUAAGAGGCAGAGACACUCCCCGAAAUGCGGAGACCCAGAACAUUUUCCACUCAAUGUAAAACCAGAAGCGCAGAACGUGGAGUUUCUCUGGCGAGAGCACCCCGAAAAAAAGAAAACUAAGAGCACCGCAAGACGGAAGAUAAAUAAAACAUUUUGUGUAAAGUUCGAUGACAGACCGAAGACAACCGCAUGAACACAUACGAGUAUAUACAUAAUAAAUAUAUAUGAGAACAAUUUAACGAGAUUAAAAUCAACUAAAGUAAUAAAGGGAAAGUGUAUAACUAUUAAAACUAAACGAAAA